AUGUCAAACAAACCGCCGUUGAGGAGGGAAGAGGGAACGGAGUUCGAGGAGGAGGAUCAGGACAAGGAGGACGCCGAGCUCUUGGAGGAUCAGGAAGAGGGUCUCGAAGACGGAGAGGGAGUUGGAAGUGCUCGUUGUCGGGGGAGGGGCAGCGUUGGUGAACGCUUUACAUUGUAUAGCCCCGAGGAAGAGAGGAAGGUGUUGAAGCGGUUGGAUUGGAGGCUGGUUGCAUUUAUGGCGUUGUUGUAUAUGAUGAGCUUUUUGGAUCGAUCCAAUAUUGGAAACGCACGAAUUGCAGGCCUGGAGAGCGACCUACAACUUACGUCGUCACAGUAUGACUGGCUAUUAACGGCAUUCUAUGCCACUUAUAUCAUGUUUGAGUGGAUGGUACUGUUAUACCGCCUCAUCCCAGCCCAUAUCCACAUCUCUCUCUGCAUCUUAUCCUGGGGAGUAAUCGCCUCUCUGCAAUCCGUUGUCACUUCAUAUCGCAUUCUCCUAGUCCUUCGCGCCCUUCUUGGUAUCGGCGAAGCCGCCUUCGGCCCAGGUCUCCCCUUCUACCUCUCGUUCUUCUUCCGCCGCGAUGAGCUCGCCUAUCGGACGGGUCUCUUCAUCUCCGCCGCCCCACUCGCUACGUCGUUCGCGUCCAGCCUUGCAUGGCUGAUAACGAAGUUCAGUGAGGGGGGACCGAUUGCGCCAUGGCGACUGCUCUUCCUCGUGGAAGGGUUUCCGAGUGUCUUGGUGGCGGCAUUCGCGUGGGGCUACAUCCCUGAUAGCCCGGAGACAGCGAGAUUUCUGACGAAGAGGGAGCGGAAGGUGGCGGCGUUGCGGAUGCAAGAUGAAAGGGAGACGGAAGCCGAGGUGGAGGCGGAGGCUGCCAUGAGCGAGAAGAUGGGCAUUGGACGACGGCAGAGUAGGUUGUCUCUCCCUGAGAUCCGGCGCACAUUGGUAGAUCCAAAGAGCUAUCUAACUGCUCUGAUGUUUUUCAAUUGCAACGUCGCUUUUUCAUCUCUUCCAGUCUUCCUACCAACCAUCAUCAACGACAUGGGCCACUCUCCCGUCACUAGCCAACUCCUGUCCGCUUUUCCUUCGCUGUUGGCCUUCCCAAUUCUUCUCAUAAGUGCCCAUCUAUCGGAUCGGUCUGCCUCCCGCUCCCCUUACCUGGUAUUCACCUCCCUCCUUGGAUUCCUCGGAUACACCAUCCUGGCUCUGUCAUCCCCAUCGGUGCUUGCUUUACCAUCGUGGUUGCGAUAUGUUGCAAUCUUCCCGGCAACUGCAGGAUUCUUCUCCUCCAUCACUCUGAUCAUCAGCUGGAACCUGAAUAAUCAAGCCUCCGCGACCGGUAAAGGUGCGGGGCUGGCUUUGUUGAACAUUGUGGGACAGUGCGGGCCGCUGCUGGGAACCAGACUGUAUCCCAAGAAAGAUGCGCCGUAUUACACCACUGGAAUGACAGUGUGUGCGAGCUGUAUGGCCGCCGUAGCCAUUCUGGCACUGGGCCUGCGGUUGGUCCUGCGAAUACAGAAUGAGAAGAGGAAGAAAACGUCGCCAUAUGACGGGGAUGGAAAGGCUGAAUUCCUGUACAUUCUAUGA